AUGGUUAAUUUUUAAAAACCUGUGUCACAGUAUUAAAAUGAGUCAUUUCUGGAAAGUUCAGCAUUUGGGAGGCAGGAUUGUUUUUUGAUUUUAUGUUACUUAUCACCAUUAUUAAUUCAAUGCAAUAUUUUUUAAACUGUUUUAUAUCAAAUCUUCACUUUUCUUUUCACUCUGAUCACAGAACCCAAAGCAUGAAAUCUGGAAGCUGGGAGAAUUUAUUGGGAAAAAGCUGGAUGACAGCGUCCUGGGUAAAAUUGUCCAUCACACUUCGUUUGAUGUUAUGAAGCAAAAUCCCAUGGCGAACUACUCGGCAGACCCCGCGGAGGUCAUGGACCGCUCGGUGUCUCCGUUCAUGAGGAAAGAUGGAAAGGAACGGGCUGGCAGGAAGAACGCUGAGCCCAGCCCUGCCCUCCUGCAGGGGACGGUCGGAGACUGGAAGAAUCACUUCACCGUGGCUCAGAACGAGAGGUUUGACGAAGACUACCAGCGGAGAAUGGCUGGGACAAGUCUAACUUUCCGCUUCCAGUUCUAGAGAGAGAAAGUGUUCAGUUUAUUACCCAACUCACUGGGCAGCAACCCAUAGCAGCUUCAUUCCCAGACCACACAGCAUUGGGCCCAGGUUCUCAGACCAGUUGUUCGUCAUGUUUGCUUUUGUUCACUCCACAAAGAAAAGAUCAGAGUUAGCAGCGAGGGGGAAGGUGGGGAGUGGGAACUGUGGGGAGAAGGUUCAAUAAACUACUAGUUACAAACAUGG